UGCUCUGUGUGUGUGAGUCUGAGGGGGGCGACGGGACGGGAGCUGGGGAAACCCCCGGGCCUCGCUCAGCCUCUGCCGCUCCCGAGGGUCCUGCUCACGGCGCCCGACAUGGACGAGGAGGGCGGCGGUGGCGUACCGGAUGAUCUCUCCAUAGAAGAGAGAGAAGAACUUUUAAACAUUCGUCGCAGGAAAAAAGAACUAAUUGAUGAUAUUGAGAGGUUAAAAUUUGAAAUAGCAGAGGUUAUGACAGAAAUUGAUAAUCUGACUAGUGUAGAAGAAAGCAAAACUACACAGAGAAAUAAGCAAAUAGCUAUGGGAAGGAAGAAAUUCAACAUGGACCCUAAGAAGGGGAUCCAGUUUCUUAUAGAAAAUGACCUGCUGCAGAACACUCCAGAAGACAUUGCACAGUUCCUCUAUAAAGGGGAAGGACUAAAUAAAACUGUAAUUGGAGAUUACCUUGGUGAGAGAGAUGAAUUUAAUAUUAAAGUUCUUCAGGCUUUUGUUGAACUCCAUGAGUUUGCUGAUCUCAAUCUUGUACAAGCCUUAAGGCAAUUCCUGUGGAGUUUCAGACUUCCAGGAGAGGCUCAGAAAAUUGACCGUAUGAUGGAAGCUUUUGCUUCACGCUAUUGCCUUUGUAACCCUGGAGUCUUUCAGUCUACAGAUACAUGCUAUGUGCUAUCAUUUGCAAUCAUUAUGUUAAAUACUAGUCUACACAACCAUAAUGUAAGAGAUAAACCAACAGUGGAGCGGUUUAUAUCUAUGAAUCGUGGCAUUAAUGAAGGUGGGGACCUUCCAGAAGAACUGCUACGGAAUUUGUAUGAAAGUAUUAAAAAUGAGCCAUUUAAAAUUCCAGAAGAUGACGGAAAUGAUCUAACACAUACAUUUUUUAAUCCAGACAGAGAAGGUUGGCUACUGAAAUUAGGGGGAAGAGUAAAAACAUGGAAGCGGAGAUGGUUUAUUCUGACAGAUAAUUGCCUGUAUUAUUUUGAAUACACAACAGACAAAGAACCUAGAGGAAUUAUUCCUUUAGAAAAUCUUAGUAUAAGAGAAGUUGAAGAUCCUAGAAAACCAAACUGCUUUGAGCUCUAUAACCCCAGCCAUAAAGGUCAAGUAAUUAAAGCCUGUAAAACUGAAGCUGAUGGUAGAGUGGUAGAAGGCAACCAUGUUGUGUACAGGAUAUCUGCCCCCACCCCUGAAGAAAAGGAAGAGUGGAUCAAAUCUAUUAAAGCAAGUAUCAGCAGGGAUCCCUUUUAUGAUAUGCUGGCAACAAGAAAGAGAAGAAUUGCUAAUAAAAAAUAGCACUUAACAUCGGCCACUUACGGACCUGCACUAGUUAAUGUAUAAAUGGAUCAAAGUCAAGUGAUAAGGUAAAGUAAAAAUGAAGCAAGCUGAAUGAAAACAGUUAUUAGAAAUAUAUUCUUACAUUAUAUCCCUUUGUAAGAUCAUCCAAGAAGAUUAUUAUUUUGCAUACGAUACUGGAGCAAAAUUCCCAAGGGACAAUUGCAAGGAAUGACUGUAAUGGAAUUUCAUUUACACUAACUGAAAACAUGGAAGCCUUAUGUGCAUUUUUAUUUGUUGCAAUUUCACUUUUCGGGGGAGAAAAUAUUUCAGGAUAAUAUAUUCUCCUGCCUGUUCCUUGAGCAUAUUGCCCAUGACAGGAGAUGUUGUAAGGACUUCGACAAACUAACACCUCACUGUAAUACAGCACUCAGAACUGGUGUACAGGGCUACUCAGCACUUAUUUUUCCUUAUGCAAAAAAACCUUAAUACUAGUUUUGAAAACAUAUGCUUAGCAAUGCAGCAGCAUUCUAACCUCACUUUACAGAAAAUGAAAUUCUAAAAGCUCAUCACAUUAGCCAUUCUCCCCCAAUGCUGAAUAAUAUUAGCUUUAAAAUAUACCUUUUAAUAUUAGACUGUUAUCGAUACAGUUAACUCCUUGGCCCAAGCAGUAGGAUGUGCACUGAAAAUAUGCAGCUACAAAGGCAAGGGUUCAUGGGCUGAAGAAGUGACUUUGAGGACAGAGUUUUUCUUAAGCAGGCUAAACUUGGAUUUGCAUUAUUAUUACUGAGAAUCUCUGAUUUUGUAUGGGUAAAAUGCUCCAAAAUUACACUGAUUUUAUUUAAAGAAGGGGCAGUGUUGUUAUCUCCUUAUUUGUGAGUUUAGCCCCAUGAAAAUCAAUAGGAUUACUUGUGUGAGUAAAGAGAGCAGUACUUGGUUAACAAAAACCUGGAAUAAAGCAAACAAUGUCUCUGUCUGCUUUGUUUUUAAACAUGGCUUCUCACAUUUGUGCUUCAGUGACUUAAAACUGGGGAGAAGAGGGAAUAUAGGGUUACCAUUCAUCCGGAUUCCCCCGGACAUGUCCGGCUUUUAGAGUUAAAAAUAGCGUCC